AUACAAUUUUUAUUUUUCACAUUUCUAAUGACUAGUUUCCCUGUAUAAGUGGAUUAGAAGAGAAUUUCAUUACACUCACAUUGAGGCUGUUCCAAUUUUUGUUCGUUCCAACAAGGAAGCGUCUGUCUGGCGGUGACAGACAACCAUGGCCGACCACUCCGAUGACCUUAACCAACUCCUCGACAGUGCUUUGGAUGAUUUUCAAACCCUCAACCUAAAUUCUUACCUUCCAAGAACCACAGAACAAACUUCGGACAAAAAAGAGUCUCCUUCUUUACCCUCAGGGGUUCAAGGAUUAGGAUUAGGUUUACCUGAUUUGAGAAGCAAGAAAAAAGGUAAACAGAAGGUUUCUAAAGAUGCUCAUGUUUCUGAGGCUCUUAAUAAGCUUAGGGAGCAGACUAAAGAGGCUGUUAAGGGUCUUGAGUUUAUAACUCCACCUGGUUCUGUUUCUGGUGGUGUUGAUUUGGGUGAAGAAGCUAUGAUGGAGGAUUGGGUUAAACAGUUUGAAGAUCUUGCUGGCUCUCAGGAUAUGGAAUCUAUUGUGGAGACCAUGAUGCAACAGCUUCUGUCCAAGGAGAUACUUGCUGAACCAAUGAAGGAAAUCGGAGAAAGGUAUCCUAAGUGGUUAGAAGAUCAUAAAGCCAGCUUAAGUGAAGAAGAAUAUGAUCGGUAUUCACGGCAAUGCGGGCUGAUUCGGAAUCUUACCGAAGUUUAUGAAAAAGAUUCGGGAAACUUCACCAAGAUUUUUGAGCUUAUGCAGAAAAUGCAAGACUGUGGACAACCUCCAAUUGAUAUUGUCCAGGAGCUUUCACCCAAUAUUGACUUAGCCAGUCUUGGCCAGCUAUCUCCGGAAAUGCUCGACGGUUCUCAGCCAAAUUGUUCUAUAAUGUGAAGUCUUUUCCUCCCCCUUAUCACGCGGCGGCUGCUGGUUUGCAGAUUCUCAGGAACAUUUAUUUUUCACUUGUCAGAAUAAUAUAGUUUCAUAUGUUUUGUUUUCCUGCUUACUGUAAGGUUACAGGAUCUCACUUUUUAUAGCUUCCUUGCAAAGUUUGUAUAUGAUCCAAGGAUUCUUCCAUUCACAUUUUAUGAGACCAAUGAUAAUGCUUGAUGACCAUUAUGAAUCAUAA